CCGAAAUUCAUUCUUUGCAUUAAAUUAAUGAGUCGGUUUCAUUGUUGGCAGUGCCACGAAAGAUGUUGACAGCACAACUCUUCCGCGGGGUGCGAACUUCCGGUGCUGAUCGUCCUCCCCUUUUCGGCCUUUCUUUGAUUUCCCCCUUCUUCCCCGCCGUAUCUUGCGCGAUCUCUCAACGAUAAUCACGCCGAACGUUUCCUGAUUCUCCAUUUCCUCCUUCGACGGCCGGUUCUGCUUCCGGAAACAUGAUUAUCUGAUCGCAGUUGCUCUUUAGUUGUCGUUCAGCAUAUUGGAAAGGGAAAGUUAAAAGGUACUCCUGUUUGGUUUGAAUCGUAUUCUUCUCGGAGUUUUUUGUGUGUUAAGGUUGACAAUGUUUUGAUCAUUAAUUUCCUGUUUCUUAUUCAUGGAAUACUGGUAUUCUGUUUUGUGAUUUAUGCUAAUGAUUUAUGAAGUAUGGAGUUCUGUGUAUACUGGAUGCAAGGAGGGAACUUUCUUUGUUACUGUGAGAGCUAGUUUGGUAGGGGCCAUUUGUCUGAAGUGGUUGAAAUUUGCUGAAUACUUUGAAAGCAAAAGUUUUGGUGGCAUCUAUUUCACCCAAUUAAAAAUUCAAACGCUAAAUAUUAUGAUGAUAAGCAGUAUAACAUGUAAACUAAAAUCUCUAUAUAUUUGGAUCAUGUGUACCACAAAGAAUUCGUUGUAUUAUGGCCAUUUUCAUUUUUCUAGUUGACCAUCCCAUUUAACCACUUUUAGUUUUUUGUCUGCAAAGUGUACCAAAUGUAAUCUGUAUGGAUUCCAGUACUUCUCCAGUCUUUACCAUUUUGGCCAUACUUAACUGUUGAUCAUGUGUUUAAAACCAUGAUUGGGAAACUGUUUUGUGCUGUUGUGUACCUAUGUUGUCUGAGCACUUCACUAUUUUAGCAUUUUCUUUGAAUUGUUUAUCUUAUGGAUGAGGUCUUGUGCGUUGCCUUGUGGCACAUUGUUUUCGUAUAUGACUAGGUAGUCUAGGUUUGCAUUUUCUUCCAAGCAUAGACAAUUUUAAAAUUUCUUAAUUAGUUCGUCUAUUUUACUACAUCUCUCCCGGAAUAGGGACUAAUCUAAUGCUAAAGCAUUCUACGCUACUCCAUACACUUUUUGCACAGAAGAGUAUUUAUAUUGACUUUGUUUUCAUAUUUUUUACGGAGUAUUUGAUAAGACAGUAACAGAAUGUAAUGUAGAGCCCGUUUGGUAGCACGAAAAUCGGUUGAUUUGGCUGAUUCUGCUGAAAUUUAUGAAGUUCCGGCUGAAGUGGCUUCAUUGGCUGAUUCUACUGAUUUAAGAAAAAAUUAUAUUUAAAAUAUAUUUUAUUAAUAAAAUGAAGAAAAAAUUAUAUGUAAAAAUAGCUUAAAUGAUCAUCUACAGUAACUUCAGCCAAUAUAGCCAGAAAAGUAACUCCAACCUUACUUUUUCCGCUUAUUACACAAUUCAGCGUGCAAAAGCAAAAGUUACGUGUUUGGUGAAAAAGUUGGCUGAUAAGCAGAAAAACAGUGUUGCCAAACGGCCUCGUAGUCAAAUGUGUGUCAUGCAAAUUUACCCCAAAAAAAUUAUUUGGCUAUUUGUCGUCUACAAAAUUACAGUGACGAAUAAAUAUUAUUAUAUGAUAGGCCACUUUUGAACCCUGUUUGGUUGCUGAAUUGAUAAUGCAACCUUUUAAGUAAAGUAACCUUUUAUUCUAUGAGGGGUGGGUGCGAACAAGAGUUAUUGUCGAACAAAAAGGGCAUAGAAUCAGAGCCUUUUCUUAUGUACAUUAUUCUUAUUGCUUUAUAUUCUUAUCCUAUAUAAGAUGCUCUUAACUUCUUAAUGGAAUAUUGCUUGCUUGUUUUUCUGAAAGAUCAUUUACUUCAAAAUUGUAUCUUCAAGAUUCCCUCUCUAAAUCCCAGGCUAUAUGUUCGUAACUUUUAAUUUGAAGCCAUUUUCUAGUUUUAACCACCCAACCUUAUGGAGGGGAAGGGACUAUUAUCAUUUAUUGCAAAGUUCUAUUCAGUCUGAUAUUCAAAGUGAUGGGUCAUUGCCAAAUGUAUUUAAUGUGCCACAAGAGUGGAUUGUAAUUAUAAAAUCCAAUGGCUGGAAUACCUAAUAUAUUAUUAAGUAUAUAUGACUAUUUACGUGAGAUGAUAACAUUUUCUAAUGUUUCCAGGGAUUCUUGACAAUUGAAUUUGCGCGAGUCAAUUUAUGUUUGAUGGCUGAAGAUAUUGCCAAUUCAUCACUGACCUCAGAAACACUUGUAAAGAAUGAGCUUGAGAGGACAAGCCCCAUCAUAAGCAGCAAUAAGGAAACGGGACAUUUGAGUACUAAGCAUUCUGUUUUUGCACCUGGUAGCUUAAGCUCAAGAAGAAGCUCUACUGGGAAACAAAAUUGUCGUUCUGAUAGUGAUCAUAUCAUCGUUCCCAACUAUCUCAGAGCUUCUACUGGUUCUUGCCAUGAUUUCUGUAAAUACGGAAGGAAUCACUCUUCUGAACCAAAACCAAUCCGUCCUCUGCUACGAAGACCCAAAAAACCUCUGAAUCAGAAGCUGAUUCCUGCAAUGGCGUCAGGGACUAGUGUGAGUGGGGCCUGCGAUCCUGAAGAAACCCACUCUCAAGCACCCCCAGAAAUAAUCAAAGAUGUAGUCUUUUUGCAGCCUGAGGAAGUUGAUCCUUCACCAGUGCAAGAUACCUCAAGCAACAAGAUGACACCAAAGACGGAAGGGAAAACAAAAAGUAUGUCACCAAAAGACCAUCCAUCUAAGUCACUAAAACAACCAUCUUCCUGUAAGCCUCUAGAAGGUGUAAAGCCAGGUUCGGGAGGAAAAGGUGAUAUUAUCAGUUGUGAAAGAGUUAGGGACACCAAACGUAGCAGAAAGAUAGUUGUGAAAGCCCCAACUGCUUCAUCAACUUCAAAGCCUUCUGUCAGGGAAGCACUAAAUCUGAGAAAGCGGGUGAGUUUGACCUUAAAACCAGCAAAGACCCGUAACAGAAUGGGGGAAACUGAUGUCGAAGCUGAAGAAAAGGUCUCUGAGAAAACACUGCAUGUCGUCCAGAUGGAAAAUGUGGACCCUGCUCAAGAUGAUGAAAUUGUUGCUUCGCUUUCUUCACCAUCAUCUUUAUUGUUGCCCGAAUCUUCAUCUGCUUCACACUUGCCAGAUUCAUACAUAGAAAGUAAUCCAAGCAAGACCUUGACCAAGUCCAAGAAGCCAGUUCUCCCUAAACUUGAUGAUGCUCCACCAUCUGUAAAACCAAAAUUUAGUAGGGGCAAGAUUCGUGAUACAGCGAAUGAAAACAAUAGUCCAAAGAGAUUAAAAUACAGCAAGGAAAAGAUUUUGAGGAAAAAGAGAGAAGACACCAAUGUGGAGGUGGUUAAAGACAAUAUGACGGAGUCUGACCAUCAUAAUCACAUUAUCUCGUCCUCUGAAAAUAGAGAUGGCAAGAACAUACCUGCAAGCACUAAGGGAGCUAAAAGCAUGGGAAGAAAUCAAAUCAUGGCUUCUAAAAGGGGAACUCUCAUUGCUACUAGAGUGGAAACUCCUUUACCAGUGACACUAAAGUUUAGGAAAGGAACCGUGGUGAAUCUCCAUCAAGAUAUCAACAGUCCGAGGAUACUAAAUUUUAGGAAAGGGAGGAUUUUGAGGAAAAAGCGAGAAGAUGGCAAUGUGGAGGUGGUUAAAGACAAUAUGAUGGAGUCUGUUCAUCAUGAUCGCAUUAUCUCGUCCUCUGAAAAAGGAGACAACAAGAACAUAUCUGCAAGCAGUAAGGGAGCUAAAAGUGUUGGAAGAAAUCAAAGCAUUGCUUCUAGAAGGGGAACUCUCAUUGCUACUAGAGUGGAAACUUCUUUACCAGUGAAACUAAAGUUUAGGAGAGGAACCGUGGUUAAUCUCCGUCAAGAAAUCAACAGUCCAAGGAGAUUAAAUUUUAGGAAAGGAAAGAUUUUGAGGGAAAAUCAAGAGAGCAAUUCGGAUGGGGGAAAAGAUAAGGCUGUGGAGUCUGUUCAUGAGCAAGAUGAUACAGACAGGUCUGGAGUUGCAACCAGUAAAGGAGGAGAUGACAAGAAAAUAGGCGCAAACAGCAAGGAAGUGAGUCCCCAACAUGAAACCAAGAGGUCUGGUUCUGCGAAGGUAGGGAGAGAUUCAAGGGGGAACCAAGUGAACAAGAGUGGUGAUGCAAGGAGGAGAAGUUCAAAGAAGAGAGUUGAGGGUGGAGAAAAUAGCAGUGAUAUGAUGGGCCCGGGGAAGGUGAUUUUGAGGCAUCAUGAAGAAGUCGAGGGGGUGAAGAAAGAUGGGCAGGGUGUAUUACUCAAUAAUGUGAUUGAAGAGACGGCAAGCAAGCUUGUUGAGAGCAAGAAGAGCAAGGUUAAGGCUUUGGUUGGAGCUUUCGAAACUGUGAUUUCUCUACAAGAGAAAAAGCCCUCUUCUGAUCAUUCCAUUUCUUGACAGGAAACAAAAACUUUGUUUUACCACGCUUCAUGUUUUACUGAAUAUACUCAUUGAAGUUUGUUUUAUUGGUACUUUAUCAAUGUUUCUGCACCCUUUCGUGCUGGUAUAGUAGUAUAUCCACUCAAGUCCUUUUUUUUUUCUUGAAAAAAAAAGGAGUGUUCAUAGAUAAAGAAUAUGUUGAAAGGUACGGGGAUUUGAAGUGUGGAUAAAUGCAUUAUUUGUGGUAAUAGCUCCAAUGAUGGUGUGUGGCG